AUGUCGUACGCCGUCGAGUCAAAGAAGCGCAAGUUCCAUCGAGUGCUGGAGUCUAUCUCCAAGCCCCUUGCGACUGAUAAUACCUCGAAACCAUCCACCACGGGGCCCGCCACCACAGCCCAAGACCGCAUUCCAGCCAACCUCUCAAUCAAAAAGGUCCGGCUGAGCGACAACGAUACCACGAACCUCACCUCUGUACGCGACUCUAUCCUUAAGCUAUCCCGACCUUCCAACCGAACCACAUCCUCUUCCUCUUCCACGCGCCCUACUUUCGUACCUUGGGAUCGUGAACGAUUCCUCGAACGCCUCGAGACCUUUCGCCGUGUUGACCGAUGGACCUCCAAACCUGCUCCCAUCAAUGAAGUUCAGUGGGCCAAGCGAGGAUGGAUCUGUACUGAUAUCAUGCGAGUCAGCUGCAUUAGUGGCUGUGGCGGCUCGGUAGUGGUCAAGCUUCCGGAUGAGAUCGAUGAGCUUGACGGAUAUGAUAUGGAGAAAGUUCAAGAACGAAAGGAAGUCCGCGCAAAACUGGUGGAAGAAUAUCAGAAGCAAAUCACAGAAGAGCAUGGCGAUAAUUGCCCAUGGAGGAACAGGGGAUGUGAUGCUACGAUACAACAUCUUCCUUUGACAAACACAGAUGCAGCCAUAUCUGGUCUUCGUACUCGAUACCUGCAUCUCGCUGAGAUAGGCGAUAAGCUGCCAGCUCAUGACAGCAUUGAGACCCCGGAGGGCUUCGAUAUUGAAAGUCUUAUGAAUUCCCUGCCAGAAGACUGGUUCAAGAAGUCCAAUGAAGCUUCUGAGGCUACUCAUCAACCCACCGAGGCGAACGAGGACAACAAUGAAACCACCCCGCAACCAACGGCCGAGCCGCUGCAAAACAUCAAUCAAGCAGCGCUAGCCAUGGCAUUCUUUGGCUGGGACUCCACCGUCGAUGGGUCGAAGGACCUAGCUGCCUGCAGAGCCUGCUUCCGCCGCCUGGGCCUUUGGAUGUACAAACCAAAGGAGAACGGAGAGGUCUCUGUCUACACUUCCCUGGACGUGGCUACGGAGCACAUGGACUACUGCCCGUGGGUUGACCGGACAGCCCAGAGUGGAACCGGCAGAGCGAAUGAGAAGACUGCCGAUCUACGAAGUGGAUGGGAAAUUGUCACCGAGGCUGUCAAGGUGAAGCACCGCAGACGAAUACGCUCUGUGGCAUCAGUGGGUACUCUCCGCACCGAACCAAGUACUCCAACGGCAGACACGUUCGAUGAUGAGGCCGCCGAGAAUGAAGAGACAAAGAAGGCGGCAGACCGUGAGUGGUGGGCCAAGAUUCGACGCAUGAGACAUGUCUUGACACACAAGUCACCGCGGCGCAAGCCUGCGCCUCCGCAGUGA